UGAGGUAGUAUAAAAAGGAUCCUGCAGCAAAGGGAUGAAGGACUACAGGAAACUUGCUGCUCAUGGGAGUUCAUAAAUAAACAUUGUUGAAACAUUGAAGAUAAUGUUCCCGUCACUAAACACCAGUAUGGAGAUGUCCAGUACAACUGUCCGGCCGGUGGUCGGCCUCAGCUCGAUGGCCCAGUCAGCUGGACUUGCUGAGAUUGCAGUCCUGCUGUGCUUGAACCAAAGUAAACAACUGUGUCCUCAUGUUUGGGUUCCUAUCCUGAAGCCCCAGCGCCCUUGCAUCCGUCCUCAAGUUUCAGAUCAGCUUUCAUCAGACAUCAUGAGCCAAUCCUGUCUGAACCACCUUUACCCAUUUUCCUUGGAUGAUGACGAUGAUGACGAUGAUUUUUUGUUCCCAAUCAAGAACAAACGUGUGAUUUUCGCUGACUCGCGGGGAAUGUCUUUAACAGCAGUGCGAGUGUUUUCUGACGAAGAGGAGCAAUCUGACCUCGACCUACUGCCGUCGCUGCAGGGUUUGGGGAGCAUGACCGAGGAUGGCUACUGCCGCACCGUCAGCACCUGCUGCCCAGGAACGCGACUCAAACUGGGCUUCCCGCAGCCUUCUGCAGAUUUCCAGGCCUUUCGUGCUAAACUGGCAGAGAGCAUUGUUGUCCUGGAGAACUGCAGCGUUACUGAACAGGCCCUCCGUGGUACCGUGCGAGUCAGGAACAUCAGCCUGCAGAAGGAAGUACGUAUACGCAUCACCUUUGACUCGUGGCAGAGCUACAGAGAUGUGCCCUGCACAUACCUGCAGAAACGCUUCGGAGGGCCUCAGACGGACAUCUUUGAAUUUGACAUUGGCAUUCCCAAAGUGCUGGAUGCCAAACGGAGGAUAGAAUUCUGUUUAAGUUAUUUGCCAGGAGGGCAGAGCAAGCUUUUUUGGGACAAUAACAACGGACAGAAUUACAGCAUUGCUGUGUGCGUCAGCUCACAUCUCUGUCGCGGGAAGAAUCUAAGUGAAAGGGCGUGAUGUUCUUGACCUAGAAAUGAUCCUGACACAAAACAUCAGUCAUGGGUAAAUAUUUUUUUAUUACAUUUGAAUUUGUUUUCGAAAAUGCUUAAUGACAUCUUAAGUAAGUGCUUUGUAUAAAAACAAGUCUUUAAAACAGGUCGUCGCAUUCAAUUUUCUUUGUCAAUUUUCUUUCACAUUCAGUCUUGUUCAUCGCACGUACUCUAGACAUGUCCUACUUUCUGGCCACUUACCAGCGCA